AUGAUGCACGAUUAUCUCUCGAAACAUCCGCUACCGCAGCGUUCGACCUUACUAACGGCACCUGACGACGACGACUGGCCUCCAGGCACUGACACAUGGGGUAUCACACUACCAAGUUCACCAUCCUUCUUUGAGCAACUGAACGCUGUUAUCGCACGUCAUCAAGCAAAACGACAGACGGUUCCUACUCCAUCUUCGCGGCUUGUCCAUGUAACUCGAGAUCUCGCUGAUCAAGUUUUUGAAAAAAUUGUUUUAGAGUAG